GGUAUACGACCGGAAACGAUACGUCCGGAAGAAAAUCGGUAUCUCAUGUCGUCAGAAACAGCUCGUUGUGUCAACGCUGUGCUACAGCGAUUCGAAACUGAGCUUCCUUACAAGAAAGGAGGUGAGGUGAAAGCUGUUGACGACCUGUCGACAGAGAACCGGCGUUGUGUCAUCAGUCUCAGCUCGAAUCACUUUCAGUUGGUGCUCGCAGAGCUAACGUCGACGCUUAAGAACGUAACAAGAAUUGGUUCCACGCAAACCGUCGCAGUCUCAGCAGAUUCUGGAAGAGUGCUAUCGGAGUUGAUAGUUUUGGAAACUCUUCGAGCAUGUUUGGAGACUCAGCCGCAGGGCAAACGUGCAGUGGAGACGAGAACGUUCUCGAUUCUAUUGCCAUGCAUUGCACAUUUGAUUGAUUCAUCCGAGUCUGCCAAAGUCAGAGCUGUUGCUGCACGUACGCUCACUACACUCAGUGCAGAUAACUUUGAUCAAAUACUCGCAAGAAUACAUCCCUGUCUUUUAUUGCUUGCACAGUCAAGUGAAGAUUCAUUGCAGUUUGGAAACAUCACUCUAAUUCAGCAUAUUGAUGUGGACGCUGUGAGGCUAAGAACACUUAUAGGAGAGCUCAGUCGAUGUUUCAAGUCACUUAAACGUGCUGGACAGUACUGUGUUUGUGAUCAAGUGCAGAAGGCAAUUUGGAACUGGAUCGAGCAUUAUCCAACUGAAUACAAUGAGUUUUUGAAGACCCAGGAUGCAUCUUUGAGUGGUUCAGCAGUGAAGCUGUUUGAUGAAGUAGAGCAAUUUGCCAACAGUGACAAGAGACGGAAUGCUGUGUGGCGGUUGCAAAUUCUUCUCUUAUUUUUGUGUCCAAACAUAGUUUUAAGUUUUUCUGCUGAAGAAAUCGAUAAAACAAAUUACGAUGAUAAGGUUUUAUUUCUUUACAAAGCUGUGAGUGCAAUGUCAAGUUCCAAUCGAAUGAUAUGCGAUGCGGGAGUUCAAGCCUGUGUCAACGUUUGCAGACUUUGUUCAUACGUUAAUAGACUAGAUACACCUGUUGUGAAGUACUUUGUGACAAUGUUCCAGUCAAAGCUUCAAGAUAUAUUAUUUGAUUCAAAAAAGUUGUACAUGCAACAGUCAGUAGUUGGGAUUCCUAAAGUCCAAGUUCCUGACGAGCAAGAAGCAAGGAUGCACUGUUUUAUGGCUCUUUUUCGAAUAAACUACAGGAACAACUAUCUCGCAAAUGUCUGCUUUCAUUCAGAUGCUCCCCUGUUGUUCAAGGUCGUGAUAGUGAAGGCCAUGAGAAGAAUUAUUGAUGAGGGUGUUGUAGUUCCAUGGUGGCCUGGAGCUUAUACUCUGUAUCCAUUUGCAGAUCAACUGAGAAAGUUACUGCAGAGUUGUGUGGACUGGUUGAAGAAACGACAAGCUGCAACAACAGGAACACCUAGUCGAAGUCGUACUGCUGCUCUGGAUCGAAAAUCACUGGAGAAUCAGCGUAAACUGCAUUUAGAAUUGGGAGGCAGUUUGUUGGAACUCUUCCUUUCUGAGCCUCAGUGUGCUUUGCAUAAUUCUACCGAUGGCCAACCAAAUGACAGACACGAACUACUGAAACUGUUUAGUUACAUUACAUCACUUGUGCAGCAUCCAACAUUUGAUGAUUUGAGUAGUAUUGCUAGUGAAGUUUUGCUUCAGCUGACUCGGCAUGAGUCUAUGGAGACAUGGAAUCCUGAGAACAGUGUUCCAACAGUAUGGGAAGUGAGCUCUCAGGUCAUUUUUAGUAUCGGUAUGAAGUUUACAAGUCAUAAGGCGAAGAAUUUGCUUUCACUAAUUCAGAUACUGCAAGCUAUUCUUAUGCAAAGGAACUGUUUUCUAUUGGAUCAUCAGGCUGAUGCUUUUGUUGGCAGCGACAUGGAGAUGUGCCAGCAAGCACAAACAGUUCUUGAAGUGGUUAUGCUUACAUCUCUCUGCAGCUCGAAUGUAGAGAUAGUUCAAACAGCACUAAAGUGUCUUCAGCAAAUGUGUGAUGAGGUGGACAUAAAAGGAAGUAUGGAAGACGUCAGUGACAUGCCUGUUGACUCGAACCUCACUACGUACCGGGAUUUAGGAGAUUUGGCAAGGGCAAUGCCUACUGGUCGCGUAGCUCAACAGAAAAAGAUCUUGCAUCUGCUUAGACAGAUGGCAGAGCCAACUCCUGGGAACUCACAGGCAUGGGAAGACACAUUCACUCAGUGGCAAGCAUCCACACUCGUACUAAAAUCACAAUCAAAAGAACUUGAAUCAACUGGAGAUUCUAUAAAAAGUGUGAAACCACGACAAACUCAGAGUCCUCCAGCUGUAUCUCAGGUUGAGCUGCAGACUCAGUUUUUGGAUUGGCUUCACAUGACGGGUUUUUUGUGUGCACUUGGAGGACUAUUGAUGCCACAACGAAGAAACUCAGCAUCACUUAAAGUAGAGCCCAGACUCAGACAUGAAUAUGAACAGGCUUAUUAUGGUUCAUCUCUUCGUCCAAAGAGGAGCAGUCGCCCUACAUCUCUUCCAGAUUUUACUUCAUUGCUUUCAUCAAGGAGGAGUGACAGUUUGGGUGGAUUAAGUAUAAGCAAGCUGACGUCAAAUCCAUUGAUCAAGAAAUUUAUUAAUGAAAUUGUUGGUCUUCUUGUAUGCAGCUCAGAUACAUUUGGACUUGAAAUUCGUGAGAAUGUACGAGAUCUGUUAGGGCAUGAGUUGCAUCCUGCUUUUUAUCCUAUUGUAUACCAAGAGAUUACAGAUUGUGUUCGUGCUUUUUCACCUAAUACUGGCCAGGUAACUGUCAAUGAUAGAAACACUUUGUUUGUUGAACAAGUGCUGUCUGUUGGCAAGAUGAUGUUAGAGACGGAGCUUGAUUCUGCUGAAGAUUAUUUUCUGUUUUCUAGCUUGGAGACAACAGUCAUUACACUGGCAAGAUACGCUCGAAGUCUUGAUCUAAGUCAUAAGUCUCUAGUUGUGAAAUUCAAGUUUUGUCAGAUGGUGGAUGCUAUUUUGCGUCGUCGAGGUGAGCUAACCUUUAACCACGAGAUACGUUUUCGCAACAAGUUGCUGGAAUAUGUAUCUGACUGGGUAAUGACAUCAAAUGGUUCAGAACAUGGCACAGACUCUAUUUCAAGGGAUGUAGACUUGGCUAGUGUGCGUACCUUGGCCAACCUGUUGGAGGGUCUUCCACUGCAUCCUGAAGAGACAGAGUCAGACUUAGCAGAAGAGAAGUCAAAGCUGUUUUUAAAAUACUUUACGUUGCUGACAAACUUGUUGGCUGACUGCCAGGACGAUGGUGUUCUUUCAUCUGUGCAAAGAGAUAUGUUGUCGUACAGUGCUACAAUUUCUCGUCACAUAGUUGCAAUUAGACAGCAUGCAAUAACUGCUGUCGCAAAUCUUUUGAAUGCCAAUUUGGAAACUGGUUUGGUGCAUGCACUCGGUCUUGCUUAUACUGAAGAUCCACAAACUAGAGCCACGUUUAUGGAAGUUUUGACGGCAACUUUGAAGCAGGGGACUGAAUUUGGCACUUUGAGUGAGACUGUACUGAUGGAUCGCUAUGAGAAAAUGGUUGAUAUUGUGCUGACUGAAGAAGAUGGUCAAAUGCCCAUACUCUUGACUUUACUUGGAGCUGUUCCUCCAUCUCAGUUGGAUGACCUAAUUGAAGUUGUGUUGGGUGUGGUGGAGUCCAGACACCUCUUGUGUCAAUUUGCCAAACCUAUCUUGACCGAAGAGGUGGAGAAUACUGAAUCUGUACAAACAUUAUUUCGUGGAAACAGUCUUGCCAGCAAAGUUAUUGCCGGAACGUUCAAAGCUUUUGCUGGUGGUUUUCUUCACACUGUGGUAAAACCAAUUAUUGAAGUGUUCAUUGAGACUCGGUCAGAUCAAGGUUUAUUGGGAUAUGAAGUAGACCCAUCCAGACUACCAGAUGGAGAAGACAUUGAGAGAAACCAAAAGAACCUUGUUGGAUUGGCACAGAAAGUUUUUGAUGAUAUUAUUGAUAUGUCUAAGAGUUUACCUAUUCAGAUUCACGUGAUAUGCCAUUGUCUGUACGAGGCUGUGGCUGGUCUAUUUCCUGGUAGAGAACUGAAUGCAGUUUGUAGUGCUUUCUUCUUGAGGUUCAUUAAUCCAGCUCUUGUUUUACCUGGUUAUUAUGGCCUCAGUCAAGGAGACUUGAAUCGAUCAUCAAAGAGGACAGUUGUUCUGCUGUCUAAGCUUCUUCAGAAUCUUGCCAAUAAUGUUGAAUUUAAGAAGGAGCAAUUCAUGUUUUGUUUCAACAAAUUUCUGUCCGAGAAUGCUAGUAAGGCUGACAGUCUUGCCCAACAUUUAGCUGAACUACCCAGCAAACCAGUCAUUGUAGUUGAUGAACCAGCUGAAGUUGAAGCAGAUGUUCCAUUUGUAAAGGAAACUGAUAAGCUGUUGUUGCAUGAGCUGUUGUGGUCACAACAAGAGGUGAUAAAGAAUGAUCUUUUUCGAGUGAAUGGGAAAUUAGGAAAACGACUUUACGAGCCUUUGGCCACGUUGCUAGCUCAGCUAGGACAGCCAGACUCAAAGCUACUACGUAGACGAGGUUUUGAAAGAACUUUGACUCGUUUAGAUGCUGUUAGUUCACCUAUGGAAGAGUAUCUAGUAACAACUGGUACUGGCAUAGAUCAAGAGCAAAUGGAUGACAUGAAGAAAUUGAAAAUAUUUUAUCGAGAUGGCAAGUCAAGGGCUGGAAAUCCAGUGUGUUACUAUGUUGCAAGAAAAUUUAAGCCUGAUUUUGAGCAUCAACAUGAACUUCUCUUGUAUCACAUUUUGUUGACAGUGAAGUCUCUGCUUCGCAGGCCAUGGGAACUACUCAUUGAUUUGACUGAAGUGCGGCGAGAAAGUGCACCAAAGAUUGAGUAUUUGUCCAAGUUAGUUCGAGUUAUUCCAUCAUCUAUGGCGCAAAACUUGGUUGUGCUGUAUGUGUACAAUUGUAACACAUGGGCGAGGCAUUAUUUUCGCCAUGUUGAUCGGUUGUUGUCUAAAGUCAAGGGCAAUAAGAAAGUGGUCUUUUUAGAUAAUUUGCAAAAAUUACAUGAGUUUAUUGAUCCUUCAGACCUGAAACUUUCUUCAUCAACAACUUCAUAUGAGGAAACAACUCGAGUUUUUGCUGUUGCUAGCAAACUGUCAACACGUUCUAUUCCCACAACAAUAAAGGUGUGCUCACAAUCAUUUCAAGUGAUUGUGAAUGAGAAAGUGCGAGUUCUUGGUCAGUCUGUUUUAAUUGUCGAUUCUUACCACAUUUCAGAAUUGGAAGAGGCUACUAUUCUGGAUGGGAACACUUUGUCGCUGAAAACUACAGACGGAAUGCCAACAAUGAAAUUCACAAGUGCAGAUGCAGGAGACCUACUUAGUGGUCUUAAUCAUUUACAUAAUCGAUGGUCGUUGAGUCAAACUGGCACACCUGGUGCAAGAAAAACAAUCAGACCUGGGGAUGUGCCAGGGACUCUACUUAACAUGGCUUUAUUGAAUCUUGGUAGCUCUGAUCCAAGUUUAAGACUGGCAGCCUACAACUUGCUUUGUACACUGACAAGUCACUUUCACUUGCAGAUUGAACGAGAACUAACUGAAGCGCAGGGUGUUUGCAUCCCUGGAAAUAAUACAAUCUUCAUCAAGACAAUAAGUGGUCUACUGGCUUCUAAUGAACCUCAUCUUACUCUAGAGUUUUUGGAAGAGAGUAUUACUGGCUUUCAAAGUUCUGAUGGAAGUUCCAAGUCAUUGUGUCUCGAGUUUAUUGCUCCUUGGUUACCCAACCUGGCAAGAUUUAUAUCCAGGGAGCAGCCAGAUGAACAAAAAGCAAGCAAAGUGAAACGAAUACUUGAAAAACUAAUACUUUUGACUGUUGCUGAAAAAGAAUCUCAGAUGUACCCUUCCAUUCAGGCUCAUGUGUGGGGUACUAUUGGCCAAGUACCAGAGCUGCUUGACCCACUGCUGGUCACUUUCUUGAAGACUAGUGCUGGUGGUGGUCUUGGGUCUGACAAGGUUGAAGUGAUUGCUGAUACAACGGUGUCGCUAGCAACUUCAAAUAAACAACUUGUGUCGAGCAAAGUAGUCAAGAAGCUGUUAAAGUUGAUUGGCAGAACAUGGAAUUCUCCCACACGAUUUCUUGAGCAACAUAUUUUGUGGGAAGAAGCAGCGAUAUUGGUCAAGUUUCUUCUCAUGCUGUCUUUCAAUGAUCGUCUGGAUGUUGUUCACAACCUUCCUCAUCUAUUCCACAUUGUAACAUUGUUGAGUUCUAUUGGUCCAGUAUUUGUUCGAGCUUCGGUUCAUGGGCUGGUAUGCAAUGUCAUUCAUUCACUUUGUACUCGAGCUGAAGAACUACAACUAAAAGAAUCUACAGUUAGAGCACUAAAAGUGAAGUUGAGUGAGUUGUCGCAACCUAAAUUUCAUCUCUGGUUUGGAAUUAGCAAGGUGAAGUCAUCUGCUGUUGCUGCAUUUCAACCUGCUCCUGAAGACAAGAUGAUGAGGUCACUAAACAGUUUACCUCGAGAUGAGUCUGAGAUUGCUAUUGUACAGCAUAUAGAAUCUAUUUCUUCAUUUUUGUAUGAGACUGUGCAGCUAUGUGUGAAUGACAUGGUGGAGUGCACAUGGAUAGCUCAAUGGAGACAGCUAGUUGAAAGGGCGAUGUACCAGUAUAAUCCUCCGCUUCAGCCAAGAGCGCUAGUCACAUAUGGAGUGUUGGCAGACCAAGCUAAUGAAGACACGGUGUCACACCUGCUCAAAAUUCUUUGUGAGUUUUUGGACAAGUUUUGUGAUGAAGUUCUGCUUGUCAAGGCUGUUUUAAUGUGCUUAACACGAGUUGUCAUUGUUCUUUGUAAAGAUUCUCGAUAUCCACCCAUCCUAUUCUGGGUUGCUGUUUCGUGUUUGCAGUUGACUUCAGAAGACGUGUUUGCAUCAGCACUUGCUUUACUUGAAGCAACUUUACAGACUAUGGAUGUAAAUGGAGCUUUUGACAAACAGACUGCUGGGUCUCAUUUGAUGAGUGCUCGUAAGGCUUAUGAUUUGUACUUCUCUCAACUGGAUCGAGUAUUAGGGAUCAGCUUUACAACCAAUUUUGAUUUUGCUUUGGCUUGUAUUCUUAUGAAGGGUUUGUUUCAUCCCUCACCACUAACAGCAACGCGAACUGUUCAACUGCUCCAGAUGAUGGUAAGCAUUAGUGGGAAGAAAUAUAGACAAAAGAAGGACGAUGUGGUAGCAGAGAAUUUGCCAUACUUGACUGUGCUGUUUCCCAAAUGUGAUGAGUCUCGAUUCUUACUUUUGUGUACUUCUGCCUCUAAAUUUUCAACUUCUGGCUCCAAACGUUCAACACUUCGUGUUCGUGCCAGUUGUAGUUUUGGUACCUUGUCAUCAUUUGGUAACCCUGGCGCUCUAGACGAUGAUCUAGAAAGGCCACACGUAUCACUACUAGUUGACAAGAAUUUGGCAUCUAAUCAGACAAGUCAGCAUCUCUUACUCUUUCUUUUGAUUCAGUUAUUUCUCCAUAGCACUAAUGAAAAGGAGCUUGAACAUUUGUUGUAUGCUUUGGCAGACAUAGCCAAGGCAUUUAGUUCUGCUUUUCUAUCUUCAUUUGGCUUAUUCGUUUCAAAGAUGGAGGACAUUUUGCAACACACUCAGAAUCCAAUCUUGCUAAAGGCAGUACGUGAGAUGCUAGAAGCAUGCUGUGGGAGUAAUUCUGAAACAGUUGGCAAAGAGUCAUUAGUUAAUGCAACAUUGUAUUUGAAUGAAAUUGGCUUCUCUGGAUUGAUUCAGUUUCAGCCAACUUUUGAUAAGGGCUCACAAUCAGAUGUUACCCUUCAGCUGAUCAGGAAGGCAAUUACAGCAAUUGUUAAACUAGCUACUGUUGAUGAGCUUGAGUUUUUUCUUCCUCGCUGCCCUGAUCUCUCAAUUCCUCGGCUUGAUAGAAGCCGACUGCAAGUUCGAAGUAUAGGAUCGCGUUCACCUGAACCAGGAUCACCUGUUCUAGGAGAAAUUCGUUCAGCAGUUUCUCUUGGUGAUGUUUCUGUCCCCAGCGAACUAGUAACAUCUUUACCAGCACGACAUAAUGUAACAGGGCUUUUAGGUGAAUCAAUGACUCAGUGGCAUACAAAUGGAGAUGUUCGGACUCGAUCAGCAUCUGCAAUUAAGCUAACGUGAGGGCUGAGUGUUGUGUUGCGUUGUGCUGAAAUUUAAUAUUUGUAAGUAUCAAGGUUUGAGCAAGGACUGUUAUCAUGUCAUUUUACUACAUUUGAGAUAUAGUAGAUUUCGAUACCUAAUACUGACACCAUGAGAUGUGUGCAGUAGCAAGUGUAAUGUCAUUUUCUUCUUAAUUUCCUGA